AUGUCGAAGCACUCGAUCAUGGAAUACGUAUUAGAGUUUUUUGCAUCACCAAUGUGGACUGAUACAAUCAAAGACUUUGUGCUCGAGAAUUGCUACAUUUUUACAGGCGAAGAAGAGUUCGAUCAUGAACAUUUCAAAUGCCAUCAACGCUUUUGCAAAAUUAUAGAGGACACAUUAAAUAUAUAUCUUCUCGAUGUUAUUAAUGUUUCAUUCGAUCAGUUCCAAGAUGCUUGCUUUAGAACAUCCAAGAAUCCAAACUCAGUUGGCGGAAGAGUUCUCUCAGUUUUGAAACAAGCAACAGAUUUUAGAUACUUCGCUGCUAAAAUGUACGCAUACAAUCUUAUGUUAGAUCGCGAAGCUGCAAUUUCAUUCGAUGUUCAAGGCCCAUCUGAGAAUGCUUUCUUCGUUACAUCAAAUGCGACUGCUGCUGAUGUCGCAACUACCAACGAUGAACUAUUAUUGGCUACUGACAGCAUGCAAAAAGUUGAGAAAGAAUUAGGACUCCCACCAUCAGCUCCAACACUCAACAUUCCUGUUACAGAAGAUGCUAAACCACAAGAGAAACCAGCUCCUGCACCGGCCCCAGCACCUUCUCCAGCUCCAGUCCCAGAAACACCAAAACCAGCUCCAGCUCCACUUCCUGCUGUCGAAUUACCAAAGCCAGCUCCAGAAGAGGCAAAGUCCGCUAGAACAAUAUCCCCAAUUCCAUCUUCUAGCGAGCUUAAGAUCAGUGAUGCAGAGCGUGAAGCAAUGCGUCGCAAGAUUCAGCGCGAACGUGAACAAAUGGCUAAAACAAUAUCAGAAGAAGAGAUGCAGAAGAGGAAAGAAGCAUUCCAAAAGAGAAGAGAAGCUCUCGUCAGCCAAAAGAGACAAGAAUGCAAAGAAAAUAUCGAGCUAAAUCUUAAGAAGCACGAAAAACCUGCUCCUGUUGUAGAAGAAGAUCCAGACGAGGCUCUUCGUCGUGCUUUGGCUAAGCGUGUUAAAACAAUUAUUGGUGAAUAA